UAUUUUCACUUUUUUCUGUGACACCUUUCGACUUAUUUUCCUUAUUAUUUUUCGACCUUGUAUUUCUUCAAAACAAUUACAACCUAGUAUUUAUGGACUUCUAUCUCAUGACAUUUUUCGACCUAACAAUCCAGGGUAUUCAUGCUAUUUUAAUAAGGAGGUCAUAAAGUUUGGUUAGGCAGGUCAGUGCUAGCAGUGAUUUUUGACAUAGAAACACUGUAUAAUGCUGCGGGGAUAACGUACUUUUGCAAAGCCCUUUGCACCCUGCUUCCCUCCACCACCUCCACAGAGCUAAUGGAGGACGUAUUCUUGGUGUUCCCUUUCAUUUUUAGAUUUGGAAGGAAAGGUGUAGGUAUUAUGAGGUUGUAUGAUAUAAGGUCCAAACUUAAACUGAUAUGUUCUAAGAUUCUCUGUAUUUAUCUCCCCUCACACUUCCUUAAAUAUACCAGUCCCUCCGCUGCCAGUGACACCAAGUCAAGCCGAGCAGCUGCUGACUUUAUAGGGUCCUCUUGUUGAGGUCUAUUUCACAACCUCUAUAUCACUUUCCUCUCAAAUGGGAUUGCGUGUCACCAUUUUUCUUUACAACUGCAAAAUGACAUGGAACAUUUCCACAGCCUUAAAGAUGAAGGACAGCGUGCCUGGUCACUGCCGCUCCACUACUGUCUUGUUUGUUUCUUCAAUGGUACCGGAGACCAUUUGUUCAUGCUCGUUUUAAAGGAACAAGGAAUCUGUGCGGGAUGAUACAUGAUGACAAAAAAAGACGUUCGCACUUCAACACCAACCUCACCUGAGUCCCGUUUUUUUGCAUUGACACUGCGCAGUUUAAAUGUGAGGUUACAUGAAGGAAAGUGUUCUGAAAUAAAGUCUAUAUCAAAAGUCAGCACUUGACCCUACUUUUGAAAAGAUUACGGUUCGUCUAUUGAGUUUUAUUUAUAUGACACCUUUUAAACAAAUUCAAUCAAAAAGGCUUUAAAACUGAUUGACAAAAAAAAAUACAGUAAACAAAUAAAUACAACUGCAUGUGUGGUUUUUUUUUAAUGAAGGGGGUUUAAUGCUUUGGAAAUAUAAUGACUACAAUAGAGCCGCACUAACUGGACCCCAAUAUGUAUGAUAUGGUUUGGUAAAAAUCACAUUCAAUAAACAAGAUGACCCUUUGUACAUAUGCACACUAACUAAUCAAGGCGUAUAUAUUAGUGAUAUGCCGAAAUCUUCCCUGUGUGGUUAUAAAACAAUGUUGUGUAAGAUGUACAUGUUAAAACGCACAUGCUCGAUUCAACAGCAUGCUUAUGGACUAGGUAUGCAAAUGGGAGAAAAAAAUGGAUUAGGUUUUUAAGUUGAAGGUAUUAUGCAAAAAGGGUCACAAAAAGAUUAAUUCCAAGAUUCUUUUCUUUUUUCCAUCUUGGAAUGUCACAAAUCCUGGUCAAAAACCAAACCGACUGCCAUAUUUAAAACAUCCGGACUCAUCUCUGCAUCUUCAAACCUUACCCAGCAACUCAGAUACCCGACCAGCCAUCCCGCUCCACCCCGUCCGCCUCAAACACAUUCCAGAGUGUGUCUUCACCCGCCGUGAGUGGAAGAUGACGUACUGAGGUUGAAGUUCUCUUACACGCCUCAUUGUUGUGACUUUUGAUUGGCAGGAAUGUCUCCUGACAGACAGCUGCCGGACGUCUAGCGUGUCAUCAACUGGCGGGUGGGGGGAGGUCGGGUGGAUGAAUCAGGAAGGUCAGCUGCUCCGAGUCGUCCCACACGCGGCCACACUGCUGCCACGCGGACGACGUCACAUGUGACUGGGAAUGAUGGAGGGUCACCUUCCUGGACCAUAAAAACACUGAUGGCGAGGACAUUUUUUGGCAUUGACACCCAUUAAAACGCUCAAACCUGCAGGACCUCCAAAUUGUCCGCCGUGUAUCGGGAAAGUGUCUGAGCUUCACUCAGACAUUCCGACAUUCUGGGGAAUGUUAAUUGUUUUCCCUCCCGGUCGUGUCGUCAGGGCAAGAGUCACCUGACUUUUGUUCCAGAUUGAUGAGUGAAACCAGCACCUGCGGUCAAGAAAUAGUUUGAACACGUGCGCUGCAUAACUGCUUUAAAAUAACAUCUCUUCCUCUGUUUCUAUGUGCUAAAUAGGCGAGAAUGAUGUGAAAGUUAUGGAGCUGUUUGCCUUUUCUAACAGACAUGGAGGCAUCUCGGUGUCUUUGUAGUGAAACCAUGGAAUAGACAUGCUGUGUGUGCUCUUAUUUCAAACUGGGUAAGAUGGCAAGGAAUUGCUCUUAAAAAGUACACGUGUCAACGCUGCCAUGACAUGGAUACCAUACCAAGGACAUGAAAGAAACAAUGCAGCACCUGUUGCUCCAUAAAGAACCACAUCCGCUCAUUGCCUGCUGACUGCUGCGUUUAGUUUGUCCUUCACGUCUGUUAUGAAAUGCUUGCUUUCUUUCCAUUUACCUCUCGGGCUCCUUUUUUCUAUCUGUGCCGGACUGAGCCCGCCUUAUGCCUGAUUCCUCCUGCUCAUUUGUUACCACCCUUCAUCUGACUGUCCAUCCAUCUACCUGAGUCAUCUGCAUAAUGCUUCAGAGUCAAUCAAAAUGUGCUCGUCAGCCCUUUCGAAGCUAUGCACGUUGCAUUUGCCUUUCACCCAUCUUCGACCUGCAUGAGAUGAUUCACCGUAGCAUCUGAGGCCUUUCUGCUGGAAAGAGUUAUAAAUAUAGCCGUCCUGCGGCACAGGUAGUCACGCAAAGAAGUGAUGGACUGGGUGAGAGAUUUGCAGGAGGAAGCAGGCAGGUUUUUUCAGUAGUCCUGCGGUGAAAAUGUGAGAUGGGGAAGAUGCAUAAUGUCACCACUGAUGAGGAAAUAGGACAGUAACGUUUGACCCUCCACCCCACACUGCUGCCUGUUCCUGGUCUAAGCUCACAGCAAACAUGAUUCAUCACUGACGGACGCUCUUCUCAACUCUUCUCCACACACGUGGACAAAUCCUCUGGCGUGGCAGCUGUAAAAAAAAAAAGGCAGCCUGGAAGCGGGGAGUCCGAGAGCAGGAUUGAGUUUCCGGCUGCUGGGAUGGUGCGACGAAUCACUUGGGGGAAUUUGCGCGGGGGGGCCGGUGGUGGUUGCUGACGGGAGGAGGUUGUACUCCUCGGAGGGGUCAAGUUCAAUGUCGUUCUGGGCGGAAGGCUGUGACGGGCAGUAGUGGCGUGAUCGAGCACCGGAGGCCUCGAGAGCUGACUGACGGCGAGCUGCUGCUCAGAGGCAGGAGCACAAAUCCUGAGCGCAGAUUCGAGGUGCUGAGGAGAUAAAACAUGGGGGUGUACAAUGAACAAGGGGCCGCCCUGGAGCAACCGGAGUGCCGCCACACGAUGCUCAAAGAGCGCAAAGGAGGGUCCCCCCGCCGCCGCGGCAGACUUCUCCCGAAAGACGUCUCCAACAACAAGAUGUUCAUGGUCGGGGGAUGGACUCGAGAUGACCCGUCCUGUCGGGUGGAACAGUUCUGCCCCGAGUACAACGAGUGGAGAGCGGCAGCGCGCAUGGUCAACGGGCGCGGCAAAGUGGCCGUGGCUUCUCUGGAUGGCAGGAUCUACGCAGCGGGCGGGGCAGACCACGUCAGGUGUUACAGCAGCGUGGAGAGGUACGACCCCGAGACGGACAGCUGGAGCACAGAUGUGGCGCCCCUGAGCAGCCCCCGCAGCGGAGUGAGUCUGGUGGCGAUGGACGGGUACCUGUACGCGAUCGGGGGGCACGACGGCAUUACUGCCAUGAACACUGUGGAGAGGUACGACCCGCAGAUGAACACAUGGAGCAAGCAGAGGGCGAUGCUGAGCAGACGCAGCGGAGCGGCGGCCGCCGUGCUGGGAGGUCACCUGUACGUGAUGGGAGGGAACGACGGCGAGGUGGCUCUGGACUCGGUGGAGCGAUACAGCCCCGCAGACGGCACCUGGUCGAAAUGCGCCCACAUGCUGAGUCCCAGGGAGGACGCCGGCUGCGCCGUGUACCUGGGACGCAUCUACGUGGCCGGGGGCAAAGACGAGCUCAACCUGAAGCUCUGCGGCGCCGAGAGGUUCGACCCGGACGCCGCCAGGUGGACUCCUGUCAAACGCAUGAGGAGCAAGAGGGACGACACGUCCCUCGUGGUGUUCAACGGUGCCCUGAUGGCUGUGGGGGGCUCUGACGGUGUCACCACUCUGAAGACAAUAGAGGCGUACUGUCAUGAAACCAACGAGUGGAGACACUUUGGAAGCAUGAAGAGAAAGCACCCGGGCGGGAGAGUGGCUGCGCUGUGCCGAAACGACGCCGGUGUUAUGUGAAGAGGAGAGAGGCAUCGUGUAUAUAUAUGCGCCCGCUCCCUGGACACAUUGUGAUGUGGUUUGAAUUAGGCAGGAUAAUGACUGAAUAACUAAAGGGUUCACUUUCAAAAUGAGACAGCAGCGGCUGUUCCAACGCGCCUCGCCGCAUUAAAUAAAAGCGCAUUACAGGUUAGCAGGGUACCAUCCAGGUCGUGGGUCGUUUUAUGUCUUACGAAACGAAACUUUUUAGAGAGAUGAAUCAGCUGCAAAUACAUAAAUAGGUUUUUAUCAUUUCCCCACCAAUAAAACAGAUAUGUCACCUGUUUGGAUUAGCCAAUGGGAUUCAGUACCAGCAUGAUAAUAGCCAGACUAGCUGCGUUUUUUUAACAAAUAGGGUUUAUUCGGUACCCUAAUAUUAGAGGAAGAGAUUGCAAUGUUAAACAUGACAAAGUGGCCGGUGGUUCACAACAUAGUACACAAAUAGUGGUGGUGAUGCACUUACGUUUGAACAGGUAUAUGAGCCGAAGAGAUGGAGGUAGACGUGGAAGUAAUGCAUGUUUUUUUGGUUACGAAUGUGCAGGAGAAAACAGAGUAAUCCAUCUUUUGAGUGAUGAGCAUUUGCAUGUAUUAUAUCGUCCUGAAGGUGAGAAACGGAGCUGGCUGUUGGAGGUGGAGAAAGUGUACUGAAUGUUUUCAAAAUAAUAUAGUUCAAUGAUAUAAAGAUUUCUGAUUAAUAAAGUGUGUUUCUUUUUUUUAA